CAAAGUCAAAACCCUAAGGAAAUUGCCAAAACCCUGAAAGAGUCCAUUUCUAGAAAUCAAUUCGCGCAAUGGGUUUCGCUUUGUGCAUUCGCAGAUCAGCUUCUACUUUGGCUUCCGUGUGUGGUCGUGUAGCUCGAGCUCAGGCCGUCUCCUCUGUCAUCGUUAACCGCUCGUCUCUUGUUCACAAGCCAUCUCUGUUUCGUCCUUUCGUCUCUCGUGGCUUCCCUUAUUCGACGGCCACUGAGCGAUUAAAGUCCGAUCAGACGCUUCUUCAAGUAAUUGACUCCGAGAUCAACAACGAUUCUUUCAAAGCGGAUGAUCACGAUGUGGAGGAGGAUGAGAGUACAGAUGUCUCUAGUGGCUUUCCUUUCAUAAUCCAAGAUAAUCCUGGACACAGGACUGUGACUUUGACUAGAGAGCACAAUGAAGAGAAGAUGAAAGUGGAAGUAAGCAUGCCUGGUCUUGGCAUGGAUGAAAAUGAAGAUGAUAUGGAUGACGAUGAAGAUGGUGGUGGUGAUGGUCGUCAUGAGAAAGCGAAUGAAACAAGCAUUCCACUAGUUGUCACUGUGACUAAGAAGAGUGGACUCAGCCUAGAGUUUAGCUGCACGGCUUUCCCUGAUGAGGUUGUCAUUGAUGGUUUGUCUGUGAACCGUCCAGAGGAUUCUUCUUCUGAAGAACUGUUGAAGUAUGAUGGGCCAGAUUUUCAGGAGUUGGAUGAGAAUAUGCGCAAGUCAUUCCACAAGUUUCUAGAUUCCAGAGGAAUCAACGCAAGCGCAACGGAUUUCUUGUAUGAGUACAUGAUGGAUAAAGAUAACAGAGAGUACAAACUAUGGUUGAAGAAGCUCAAAAACUUUGUCCAAGAAUGAAAACCCACUAAGAUGAGCAGGAGCAAGAUGGUUUUAUGGUUGCAGAUUUUAUUGUAGUGACUUUUGAGUUUGAAUGUGAAAUUGGAAUUUGAUCAUCAUAGUUAACAAACCACAGAUUGAUUAUUAGAGAAUCAUUACUUC